AUGGCCCAGUGGGCAGAGAAGCUUGAAGGCUCUGUCUACGGCCUCCCAUAUGUCUCCAACGGCUCAUCUGGUAUUGUGUUCGCCUUGGACGACAAGACUGUUAUCAAAGUCGCUGGGGGCAGUGAGAGGCAUCAUUGCGCCCACAAGAUUGAGCGAGAAAUCUACAAGCGCCUCAGUCACCACCCACGCAUUCUCAAGUGUAUCUCCCUGCACGACAAAGGGAUCAUCCUGGAGCGGCUCCUAUACCCCUUGCGGCUGCGGCUGAUGCGACUCCGGGAGAAAAAUGAACUCCUGACCAAAACACAGAUUCUGAAAUGGUCACGGCAGGCGGGCGAGGCGAUGCAGUAUAUCCAUGAACAGGGUGUUUUUCAGGUCGACAUUGGAACCCACAAUCUCCUGCUCGACGACCAAGACAACGUCAAACUGUGUGAUUUUGCUGGCUCCUCGAUCGACGGGAAAGAAAAUUCGGUGUUACCGGGCACCCAUGAGGGAUUCCAACUAUUUCUCCAUGGUGAGGCGCCGAGCAUACACACCGAAUUGUACUCGCUUGGUUGCGUCAUUUUUGAGAUCUCAACCAUGUGGCAGCCCUACCAUGGCAAGACGGACAAGGAGAUUGAGCGGCUAUACGAGGCCGGCGAAUUUCCCGACACCAACCACCUACUUCUGGGACCCGUGAUUCGGAAAUGCUGGACUUUCCAAUACAACAGUGCCGCGGAAGUUAUCGACGAGAUUGACAAGAUCAUCGACAAACAGUCAGUCCCAACUGGGAAUGGUUGGGUGCGAGAGGGCGACCGCGAUGGCGAGCGCAAAACGGAAAGCUCUCUAGGUCUGGGCGUGACGAGGUGA